UGGGUGUCAUUCUUUGGACUUGGAUCAGUAUCGGCUGCCGUUAUGUCUUCAGCUGACUCCAGUAUCCUUGCCUCUGCUGCCAUGUUCACACACCCGCAACAUCUACAAGUGGACAUUCCGUCCUUCUGCCUCUGAGAAGGAGGUGGUUUGGGUCAUGAGGAUAACCACAAUCAUCAUCUCUUAUCUGUCUGCAGGGAUUGCCAUAUCAGUUGGUAGCAUUUACUAUCUUUCAUACCUAUGUUCAGACCUGGUGUAUGUUAUCCUGUUCCCUCAACUUCUGCUCAUCGUUCACUGGAGUCGAGGAGUCACGACGUACGGCUGUCUUGCAUCUUACAUCGUUGGCCUGAGUCUCAGGGUCCUAGGUGGGGAGAAAGACAUUGGACUAGAACCGGUAAUCAGUUACCCUUAUUUCGACUCAGAAACGAACACACAAGUUUUCCGUUCAGAACGUUUGCGAUGA